AUGGUUCUCCUCCGUUUGCUAUGUGCCUACGGCCUGGCCCUUGGCGUAUACGGUCAGACUUUCAAUAACGAAACCACCGGCGUGCUCGGGGCCAUACUCUCCAACCUCGAACAUUACUGGUCAUACGGCAGGUCACCACCAGUGUAUCCAAGCCCUGCCGGGAAUGGGACUGGUGACUGGGCCAGCGCAUAUGAGCAAGCCAGGGCUCUGGUUUCUCAGAUGACCAACGAUGAGAAGACGAACCUCACGUACGGCUUCCAGGAAGCGGGCAACGGUUGUGCAGGCAAUACAGGGACUGUACCCCGUCUCAAAAUUCCUGGUCUCUGUUUCCAGGAUGCCGGCAACGGGGUCCGAGGCAUGGAUAUGGUCAACUCAUAUCCCUCCGGCCUCCAUGUCGGGGCAUCUUGGAAUCCUGACUUGACAUACAAACGUGGCCAUUACAUGGGAGCAGAGUUCAAGAAGAAGAGCAUCAACGUUGCCCUGGGGCCUGUUGUGGGACCCUUGGGCCGCGUUGCCCGUGGAGGACGGAAUUGGGAGGGAUUCUCCAAUGAUCCCUAUCUCUCUGGCAAGCUAGUGUACGAGACUAUCACUGGUAUGCAGGAAUCUGUGAUUGCGAGUGUCAAGCAUCUUAUCGGGAAUGAACAGGAGACAGACCGCAAUCCGUCCGUCUAUCUGGCAAAUGCGUCUAUUUCAUCAAAUAUAGAUGACAAGACCAUGCAUGAGUUAUACUUGUGGCCGUUUCAAGAUGCAGUAAAGGCUGGUGUGGGUUCUGUUAUGUGCAGCUAUAAUCGUGUGAAUAACAGUUACGGCUGUCAAAACAGCAAGGUUAUGAAUGGCCUUCUCAAAACUGAACUCGGGUUUCAAGGCUUCACUGUGACUGAUUGGCAUGCUCGACACACUGGGGUCUCCAGUUCGGAGGCAGGCUUGGAUGUUGCUAUGCCGAAUUCACCUACUUGGGAAAAUCACACUUCGAGCCUUGCGGUUGCCAACGGAUCUCUGGCUCAAGCCCGUUUGGAUGAUAUGGCGACCCGAAUCCUUGCUACCUGGUCUAGGUUCUCGCCACUGGAUAAUCCGGGAGCCUUUGUUCCCGCAAACCUAACUGAACCCCAUGAGAUUAUUGAGGCUCGGGAUCCCGCUGCGGCGCCUACCAUUCUUCAGGGGGCCAUUGAAGGCCACGUCCUUGUGAAAAACACAAAUAACAGUCUUCCCCUGAAGAAACCGAAAAUCCUCUCUCUGUUUGGCUACGAUGGUCCUGCAUCGGCAAUCAACUCGCCGACAACAGCCUAUAGUUUCCUGCAAGGGCUGGGUCUCGGCAAUACCCUGUCGUACCUCGGUGGACAGAGCUUCACAUACGAGAUUGCAGCUGCUCUUAUGGGAAGCUUCCUCGCUAACACAACAGGGCCUAGUGUUGCACUCAAUGGAACAUUGAUAGUCGGUGGGGGAUCCGGUGCCAACACUCCAGCAUACAUAGAUGCUCCAUUCAACGCCUUUCAGUAUCAAGCAAAGCGAGAUGACACAUUUUUGUCCUGGGACUUUGCCUCCGUCGACCCGGGGGUCAACGCAGCUAGCGAAGCAUGCAUUAUCUUCGUGAAUGAGCAGUCUUCUGAAGGAUGGGACCGACCGAGUCUGGCGGAUACUUAUUCCGAUACCCUGAUUACCAAUGUGGCGGCGAAAUGCAACAACACGAUGGUCGUGAUCCACAAUGCGGGAGUGCGGGUGGUCGAUGCAUGGAUCGAGCAUCCGAAUAUCACGGCGGUGAUCUUCGCCCACGUUCCCGGGCAGGACUCAGGCACCGCCUUGGUGGAAAUUAUGUACGGAAGAGUGUCGCCGUCGGGACGGCUGCCUUAUACGGUCGCGCGCGACCCGAAGGACUAUGGCGCACUGCUCGAUCCAGUUUACCCGGACAACUCCAGCAUGUACUACACCCAGUCCAAUUUUACCGAAGGCGUCUACAUCGAUUACCGCCACUUCAUUGCAAACCGCAUCAUUCCGCGAUUCGAGUUCGGGUACGGUUUGACCUAUACAACAUUCGCUUACCAUGACCUGAACAUACAGAUCUCGCAAACGCCCAAGUCUUACCAACCACCAGGGUCAGAGCUAUACACCGUCAGCGACCCAAAGCCUUCCGGGGGCUUGGACUCUCUCUGGGACGUGAUGGCAACCAUCAGCUGCACCGUAACCAAUACUGGCAGAACCGAAGCGGCGGAAGUCGCCCAGUUAUACAUCCGCAUUCCUGGAGCCGGGCCGGAUAGAGUUCUACGAGGAUUUCGCAAGCACUCAAUCAGUCCCGGAAGGAGUGUAGAUAUGCAGUUUCAUCUCACUCGCCGUGAUCUGAGUCAAUGGGACGUCGUUACACAGCAGUGGGUGCUUGUUGAGGGUGAAUAUGGAGUCAUGGUCGGAAAGAGUGUUUUGGAUAUACAAUUGACGGGCAAUAUGACCAUAAUUCAUGAUGCGUAG